AUGAGUGAUCCUUACAUACGUAGUUUAACUCAAAAAUAUCAGCUGGCUCUAGCGCUGGCCGUGUUAAGAGAGAAACCACAAGAUAUAUCUAUAGAAAAUUAUAUCGAAGAAUUGAAAAGUAAAAUAAACAAUGAACCUUCGGAGGAUCUAGACCUCACUUUGUGUAGUGAUGACUUUGACAUGCAGGAAUCACCAGAAAAACUUAAUAACGAUGAAGAAAAACAGGUCUUGGACGAACAAACUAAUAAUAUAGAUAAUAAUGCAUCGCAAAUAGUGACGUUUAAAGUUGUAGAGGAAUUGAAUAAAGUAAAAAACUAUAUAAAUAAGAGAAUUGAACGAAGACUGAGCAACGAUGGGUCUAUAGAUUCAGGGUAUAGAAGCGACAGCCAAACGAAAUGCUCUUUUAGAAGUUCACUGCAGCUCUCUGGAAACUGGAUAAACCAGUCAGCCCAUAGUUUGUUCGAACACAUCACCCAAUGCCCACUGCUGGGCACCACGCAUGAGAUCAUUGGAGAAAUUUCACAGGUAUUAGGCCAACUAAUAGACAAACUGCACGAAGAAGAGAGAUACCCUUCAUUUUUCGAUGAACUGCUUGAUAACAUUAAUUUCCUGCUGAAGGACAUUCACCAAGAAAGCGGUGGGGAAGACGUGUUACUACAAAAAGACGAAAAAAUGCAACGAUUGCUGCUACUAAACAAAUCCAUGCACAUACAAAAGUAUACUAUAGAAAAAAUAACUUCUUUACUAGAAAACGUAUUAUCACACCUUACAAAUACCGAAAAACCUUAUGAAAUAUCUAAUAUAAACGAAAUUGAGAAUUUGUCUUAUAUAUUUCAUAUUUUAGAAGUAAUAUUACAAAGGUACAUACGAGGCAAAAAUGUGACAAGUCAAGAAAUAACAAAUUCUCAAUUGGAAUUAAAAAAGACUUCUAUAACAGAGUUGUGGAGGCGAAAAUGGAAUCCAAGUUAUAGAGAAGAUGCUAUACAAGACUUUACGCCAAAAAAGUGUGUUUUAAUACAUUGUAACGAGGUUCUUAACAAAAUUGUCGUAAGUUGCAUGGAUGGGUACAGUUUAGUCGCCUUCGCUGCGUUGAACUGUUUUAAUAUUUUGCAAUCUUAGAUCGAAUAUAAAUACAUAUUUUUGUAUAA